GUCAACCAACUACCAUUCCUCUCUUUCUUUUUCCUAUUUAUUAUUCAAACAAACAAGAUAACACCCAUUCCAUUCCUUCACAUUUCUGGCAAGUUUCCUUACCUCUAUCUCACCCUUACUCUGAAGCCUAAAAAAUGGAAGAAACCAUUUCUUCGUAGAUCCCUCUUUUCUAUUCUUCAUAUUAGGCCAAAUCUUUAUCCGGUCGGAGAAAUAUUUGCACGCCUCUAUUACCUUCUAGGAGUUCUACUUCCUAUAGAAAUUGUCUACGGGAGACUUUACCUUGGCACGUAGGUCUCAAUUCCCAACACAAUGGAAGAAACCAAUUGGGAUUGUUUAGGCUCAGACCUUACAGAAUUAAUCCUUUCUCACCUCCCUCUUUCCUCCAUAAUCCGUUCAUCUUUAGUCUGCAAAUCCUGGAAGAUUAUAAUCAGUUCCUCCUCCUUCAAAACCCAAGUUUCGGCUCGAAAAAAGCCCUGGUUUUUUAUUUACAGACAAAACAAUGUCUUCAUCAAGAACAAUCAGGUUUUUGCAUUCGACCCUGAAUCGAAUGAAUGGAUCAAACUCCCAGUCUCAGCAUCCCUUUUGUCCAAAGACUUGUUUACUGGUUCCAAUGGCUUUUGUUUCAGUAUCACGCCAGAAAAUUUCAGUUUCAAACCUGUUUUAAGUGAUUCCUGGAGCCAAACAAGCCCUCUCGGAUAUUCCAGGUCUAAUUCCCUGAUUGGCGUGUACAACGUUGAUAAAAGUUCGAAAGUUCCCAGGUUUAUUGUCGUGGGUGGGGUGAGGUUCAAUGGUAACCUUGUUGAUCUUCAGGACAGUUUAGCUGUUGAAAUAUACAAUCCCAAUCAAGAUUAUUGGGAACUUUGUCCCCCAUUGCCAGCUGAUUUUCGCCCUGGAAACUCAUCACAAUGGCUAUGUUCAGCUUUAUUCAAACAAAAAUUCUUCGUUCUCGGGAUUUAUUCAUUUUUCAUCUCGUUUUUUGACCUUGAAAAACGUUACUGGAGUUCUGUCCAGACCCUGAGGCCUCCAGGAGCAUUAUUUUCAUACUUACUUUCUCUCCAUGACAGACUUAUUUUGGCAGGAUUAUGCAACAACUUUGGGUCAUCACCUUGUUUCAUUCUAUGGAAAAUCGACGAAAAAACGCUCGAAUUCAGUGAAAUGGAAAUCAUGCCUGAUGAAUUACUUGCCUGCUUAUAUGACAAUAGUAGUGAUGAAGAUGAUAAAUUUGCAAGCCUUAGAUGUGUUGGAUUUGGUAAUCUUAUAUAUGUAUUCAAUGAUGAACAUCACAAAAAUUAUCCUGCUUGUGUUUGUGAAAUGAGUAAUUAUUCAGGGAAAUGCAAUUGGAGAAGGCUCCCCAGUUUGCCACAACCUGUGAAUAAAUUCCAUAAGAUAGUGAGUUUCUGUUCUAAUGUAUCCUUAGACAUGUUGAAAUAA